GAGCCAAGCGGAAGAAAAGCUCUGAAUCGGUCGUGAUAUAACCUCAAUCAGGAGGAAAUACCAUUCAAACUCGCCAUAGCUGUUGCUUUGUGGAGCCGCUCUCUCCGUUAAACCGAUUUUUACCAAGUAGAAAACUUUUUUUUUUGUUUGGGGAGGAGAGAUGCGGUUGGUAAACAGUCUGGCCGAGCCGUGAAUCCACUAACGGAGCAUUAAAAACCAGCGGAGAGAACCGGAGAAGCGAGAGACCGGAUCAUCACGGUCCGCUGUUUCUGACCGACGACUGAAAAUGCUGGAGUGGGUGAGUGAAGUGUUCUGGCACGAGCGUCUGUGGUUCCCUGAGGGAUUGGGAUGGGCUGAUCUGGAGGACCGUGAUGGCCGGGUCUUUGCGAAGGCACGGGAUUUGUGGGCGGUACUGCCAAUCGCCGUCCUGUUUCUAGUAAUUCGACAGGUCUUUGAGAGAUAUGUUGCUACACCGCUAGCCUCUCUGCUGGGCUUGAAGGAAACAGUCAGACGGCGAGUUACACACAACCUCACACUGGAGUCCUACUAUUGCAACACAACUAAAAACCCCACACAGAGUUCAGUAGAGAAACUGUGCAAGCAGACGGGAUGGACAGAGCCACAGGUCCAGCGCUGGUUCAGGCGGCGCAGGAAUCAAGACAGACCCAACCUUCUCAAGAAGUUUCGUGAGGCCAGCUGGAGAUUCGCCUUUUAUCUUCUCGCCUUCAUCGGUGGUCUUGUUGCACUAAUAGAUAAACCCUGGUUGUAUGAUCUCGAGGAGAUGUGGAAAGGCUUCCCCACUCUGACUCUCCUGCCGUCUCAGUACUGGUACUACAUGCUGGAGCUGGGUUUCUACACCUCUCUUCUCUUCAGCGUGGCGUCUGAUGUCAAGCGUAAAGACUUCAAAGAGCAGGUCAUUCAUCACGUGGCCACCAUCAUGUUGAUCAGCUUCUCCUGGUGUGUUAAUUACAUCAGAGCGGGAACGCUCAUCAUGUUCAUUCAUGAUUCAGCCGACUAUCUGCUCGAGUCAGCUAAGAUGUUUAACUACGCCCGAUGGAAGAACGCAUGCAACUACAUCUUCAUCCUGUUUGCUGCGAUCUUCAUCGUCACUCGCCUCAUCAUCUUCCCUUUCCGGAUCAUGUAUUGCACAUGGGUGUAUCCCGUGACCCUGUACCCUCCGUUCUUCGUAUAUUACUUCUUUAACGGGCUGCUGAUGGUUCUGCUGUGUCUGCACAUCUUCUGGGCCGUGCUGAUCAUACGCUUGGCCUUCCGCUUCUUGAGCAGUAACUCGUCGGUAGAAGACGAGAGGUCCGAUCGAGAGGAGACUGACGAGUCAGAGGAAGAAGAACAGCUGAAAAAUGGAGAGAUACAGAAAAACGGACCAGCUCAGAACGGCCACGCUACAUAUAACAACAACCACUCUAAAAAAACAGAGUGACGUCUUGAGAGGACAGAAACAUUCAGAAACCUGGAGAUUCUUCCUCUGCUGAAGCAGAGCAGAGACGGGUGAAGAACAGAGGAUCGAUUGCUGUCUACACUACAGACAAACACACACAAGCAUCACACGAACACAGACACAGCGGGCCAAAGCGAACAGGGAGCAGUGCUGCCUCUAUUGACACAUGCUUACAGGAGCAGAUCACCUAAAAAUACACAUCAUUUGCUGAUGCUGUUCCAAAUUUCUUGCAGUUAUUUACAGCAGAAUGUCCAAACUGCUCUUCCCAUACAAUGGAAAUCAAUGGUGACCACGGCGGUCAAGCAAGAUUUUCAGUCUGUUCCUCACAGAGAUCUGUCGAAACAAGUCUCAUAUGGACUGCUUUUAUGCUGCGUUUGUGCUUCCUAGAGCUGGAAAUCCUAUAGUUUCAUUGUAUGGAAGACAGCUAUGGAAAAAAAAAAUUCCUCAAUUGUGCAAUUCAGACUUUGUU